GUAGCAGAUAGGCCGCGACAGCCGCAAAGCACACCCGAGCUCCGUCCGUCCUUGACGAUGGCGGCCGCCGCUGCCGCCUGCCGCCUUCUCCGGCUGGCGCCGCGCCGUCUCCGGAGCCCCAGGCACUCGCUUCUUGCUGGACUCCCCCUCCUCCCGACGCCGCUCGCCGCCUCCUCCGGGUGGCGCCGCUACUGCGCCGCCGCGCAGGCCUCCGCGCCUGCCCCCACGGCUAGUGCGACGGGGGACACCGUGGGGGAGUUCCGGCGGAGGAUAAGGGUGUCGGAAGUGAAGGGCGGGGAGGAUGAAGGCGCCGCUUGGGUCGGGAAGGAGCUCACCGUGCGCGGGUGGGUGCGCACCUGCCGCGCCCAGAGGACCGUCACAUUCGUCGAGGCCUGAUGUGCUGCAUAAGAGCAUCUCCACUCGUCCCCCCGAACAGGCCCCGGCGAGCGUUUUUUCCAUCCGGACGGCGUAAUUCGGCCCAGUCGCGCCCCCGGUUCCUCGUUUUCGUCCGGAUUUGGGCCUAAAUCCAUCCGGCGAUCCCACGACAUCCCCGGCCCCCCGGGGAGCGCUCGGGGACUCCGGACGAAGCGAAAGCGCGCGUGGCCCCAACUUGUCGGCGACAAUGGCCUCCGAUCUACGGCAAAACCCUCGUCUUCCCGAUCUACGGCAAAACCCUCGUCUUCCCGAUCUACGGCAAAACCCUCGUCUUCCCGAUCUACGGCAAUACCCUCGUCGAACGAAAGCUUUGAACUCUCAAUUGGUGCAACAUAGAUAGAUUAUAUAUAUAUUUCGAAUAUAAUUCGAAUAAACAUAAGAA